CCCUCCCACCCCUGCCUCCAGCAUCAGCACCUCAAAUCGGAAAAGGGCGACUCGCGGCUGGAAGAUGAUGCUCUCCGGCCCGUGAUGACUGGACACGCUGCGAUGAGACGAAGGACCGAGAGAGCGCUGCGAGCAGCCCGUGUUUCUGCCUCGCUGCCUCCAUUCAUGAUGCACCAUUCAUGCAUCCACAAGAAUGGACGCGGGCGAUGAGUGGAAAACAUGAACACCGCUUCUUUUUUUUUCUUUUUUUUGUAGCGCUUAUUUUCAAGACAACUCUCCAGCUCGUGUGAAGCGUCUUUGAUGAAGCGUCGUUUCAUGUAGGUCAAAGGGAUGAAGAGCCACAUUCUGUCUUUUGAGGGCGCCGCUCGAAUGUAGGGCUUAUACGGGAAAGCGGAGCAAACAAAAGGCAUCCAGACCCCCCUCCUCUGACGCACCUGGCUGCACUGUCGCCACCUGACAUGACAACGCAGAGCCGGGAGCAGAGCAGCAGGAUCAAGGGGCACCGACGUGCAGCCGGACGAGUGGACUAUAAGCGGAGUAGCGGAACCUCCGGGCGGAAGGUGGAGGAGAAGCAGCAGCAGCAGCAGCGGCAGCCCCGGGGAGGCCAGAUUACAGUUUCUGGGGACGAGCGCCAAGGGCAGUGCGGCAGUCGGCAGGCAGACCAGGGGGAGGAGGCUGCAGAGAUCUGUGAUACUUACCCCCACAGUCCCCACUCUCCUCCAUACCAUCACAUCCUGACAGUAUAAUGGGUGGAUGUUUUCAUGUUUGAUCAAUGGUGACUGUGAUACUGCCCAGCAUUUUCUCUCCCACCCCCCUUUUCCCAACUGUCAGUGAAGAUGGGUAAGUAAAUGAUCAGAUCUGCUCUUCGGGCAGGGGUGGACCCCGGAGGGGACUGAUGUGCAUACUGGCUAGGUGUCAUUUGCCCCCUUCUUCACUGGUUUUGCUCAGUUUGCUCGUCGCCUGCACUAUGGGUUGUAUUCAGAGCAUUGCAUGCAAGCCCCGCAUCAGACGGGAGAACAUUGUGGUGUAUGAGGUGUCAGCCUCCAUUGACCAGUGCCCCACCAUUAUUGAAGAGAACUCACCAAUUGUGCUGCGUUACAAGACGCCUUACUUCAGGGCCUCAGCAGGGGUUGUGAUGCCACCAGUGCCCCGUAAUGAAACCUGGGUGGUGGGCUGGAUCCAGGCUUGUACCCAGAUGGAGUUCUACAACACAUAUGGUGAUAUUGGAAUGUCUAGCUGGGAGAUACCAGAGCUGCGAGAGGGUCGGGUCAAGGCCAUCAGCGACUCAGAUGGUGUGAGUUACCCCUGGUAUGGCAACACCACCGAGACAGUCACCCUGACUGGUCCUACGUCCAAACCGUCCCGUCUGACUGUCAGCAUGAACGACAACUUCUACCCUAGUGUGACCUGGGCAGUCCCCAUCAGCAACAGCAACACACCCAUGCUGACCCACAUCACCAGGGACCAGAGCUUCAUCACCUGGCUAGUGGCCAUGAAUUCUGUCACCAAGGAGCGUAUCGUGUUGCAGACAGUGCGGUGGCGGAUGCGGGUGGAUAUAGCUGUGGAUCCAGACAUGCCUCUGGGAUCCCGGGCCUCACUGAUGGGCCGUUCCUAUCAGGAGCAACCGCACAUCCUCAACUACCAGGAGCCCAUUCCUCCCAACGCGCUGGGGAGGCCAAAUGCCAAUGAUGCCCAAGUUCUAAUGUGGAGACCAAGAAGAGGAGCUCCACUAGUAGUUAUACCACCAAAAUAAGAGGGUAAAGAGGUUCCACUGACUAAGUCUAAUUGUUCCCUUUUGCUGAAAUGGGAGUUAUGAAGUUUGAUGAAGUCACAAGUCUUAUCAAAGAGAGGACUGAUGGUUCCUCUGUGCUCAAGAUGCCAGUGGAUCUUCUAUCCCCAAGAGAUUUAAGUGAACCAUUGAAACAAGCUUGAGUGGAUAUUAUGUCAUGAGUCUGACGCAGAAGAGCGUUGGAGGGGAUGAUUUUGUGUCAUCGACCAGGAGUUGAAUCAAGGACUGUUCGGCCCUUGACAAGUUUUGAACUGCUAUGAAAAGUUAUGCCUUCAUUUUAGUGAAGAAGGAACAUUGUUUUUAGAUGUAUCACAGAGGUAUUAGUCUACAAUCAGAACUGCAUCCUGCAUCCUUUCGUAGAUCUUAUUGCAUGAGAGAUUGAGAGACAAAAACUGCUUUUGAGACGUUUAGACAUCAAAUUCUUUUUUAUGUACCUUGACACAUGGAGACAUUUUGAUUGAAAACUCAGUACUGGUUAAAGAUUGUCAGUGCCAAAAAAAGGCCUUCAGAACAUGCAGUAUUAGAGUUAAAGAAUGUAUUCUAAAAAUUUAAGAACAAAAGUCUUAUACUAUGAAUCUUUUUAGGUUAAGAUUAAUGUCAUACAUCCAUAAGAUUGAAUUAAGAAAGUCUGGAAGAGAAACAAAUCUGCUGUAGUUGUCACUGGAGUUUUGCUAACACACCGAAAUUAUGCACAAACAUAUUUUUAAGCCUCUGUAUUUGAGCUGAUAUUGUAUUCAGACGGGUGACAGUAGAGAUGAGCUGGACCUGUUACCACAUUGAAUAAAUAAUGUCAGCUGUGCUUUCAAUGAAUGUGGUGUAAAUGACUUGGAGCAGUGCCAAAAAAACAAAGUCACGUCAUACAUCAUGGGUGGAAUGUGGCCAAACUGAACUCAAACCAAGGCUAGAUUUGACGUGGCUACGAGGUAACGUUGCACUAAGAAGUUACAUGAAUCUUCCUCCUAUCAGGGAAUCUAAAUGUACUAUUAAAUUAAUAGUUUCCUUGAUGUGGAAUUAAAUAUAACUGAAUUUA